GGGACAACGUUUCUUGGUAGACACAAGCGCCGAGUUGUCACUGCUUCCGGCUACGCGAGCAGAUUAACAUCGUAAAUCGAGCUUUUUGCAGCAAAUGGCAGUCGUAUUCCAGCGUAUAAAGAAAAAACAAUCACAUUAAAUCUGGGUCCUCAACGACCAGUCUCAUGGGUCUAUCGUGUCGCUGAGGUGCCGUACGACAUUCUCGGAGCAGACUUAUUACAUCAUUACCAUUUUACAGUAGACUCUCAUAAACAGUGUAUCUAUGACACCACAACAGGCAUCUAAGCCCAGGGUAAAUUACAAAUAGCCACGAUAUCAGGUAUUUUCAUCAUCGGUAAAAAAGAUGUAUGGACAAAAAUUCUUCAACAGUUUCCGGAGCAUAUGAUGAAUGGAGGGCAAAUCCUUGUUUCCCUGUCCUGAGAAGGACAUUUUAUUUGAGUCCCUCGCUUUAUAGGGCAUAUCUCUAGGAGUGGCUCUACUUCUAAUGACGGCGUUACUUGGGACGUGGUAUUCUCGCGCCUUUAGAAAGGGUUUACUCAAAGUUCAAAAAAUUUUAACUUCAAUAGAAAUAUUACUCUGCAGAACUUGAAGAAUCUCGAAAUUUGUGAUAAGUUGAAGAAACAAGAAAAAGAUAUCAACAAUCUUUCAAAUGAUAACUUUGAUCAACUGAAAUGGUUUAAAAAUGAUUCACAUCCUAGUAUUUCAAUAAUGAAAAAAUUCAUUAAACCAUCAAAAAAUUUGAAAAAAACAUUAAAACCGGAUAUUUUAAAACGAAGACUAAAAAAAUAUAAAACAAGAAAUUAUCGAAAAUUGAAGGGAGAAUCAAGACACUUGGUGAAAGGAUAUAAAAAAAGAAGAUUAAUUGAUGUGAAAAAUCAAAAACAUUCUCCAGUAUCUCAAUCUUCUAAUAUAAAAAAUGUACAAGUCAAUGUGGAAAAAGAACUUACAAAAAAUUUAGAGAAAGAAAUUGUUGAAUCAAAACUUCUUAAUUUUCGUAAUAAUUGGGAUAACUUCAAUGAUCAAAAGAUUGAAAAUGAUUUUUUAUUAGACAAAAAUAGUUACAACUGGCAAAAUGUGCAAGAAACGACUAAAUUUGAUGUUGAUUAUACAAUUGAAGGAUUUUCAAAUGGAGAUAUUUCUUGUAUUGUAGGAGAAUUCAUUCCAGCACCAUUCGUUUCUCAUACACUCAUUAAAUAUAUAAAGUCAUCACAACCAGAACACAUUUAUUUGGAAGCUAAUUAUCAAUGUAUGUUUGGCUAUUCUUUGGCAUCCAACAGCAGCAAACUGGUAUGCAAAAACCGAAAGUGGAUUGGAGAGCUACCUUCAUGUUUAGAUGAAAAUUUAAUUAAUUCUUGCAAUCGAUUAUCUUGUGAUCAUAUUUGUAUUCAAGUCAAUAGAAAAGCCACAUGUUCGUGUCAUGAAGGUUUCAAUCUCAGCAAUAAUAAAUGCAUCGAUAUUAACGAAUGCUCGUUCAACAAUGGCCAUGGACCUUGUCAAGACACCUGUAAAAACUUUGAAGGUGGCUAUUUAUGUUCAUGUGAUAAAUUACCUGGGACUUUUCUUGCUGCUGAUAACCACAGUUGUCAUGAAAUCAAUUCUUGUACUGUAAACAAUGCUGGAUGUUCUCACACCUGUCUAUCAACGAUUGAAAGAGUUUUUUGUCUUUGUCCUGAUGGUUUCAUCUUAAAAAACGACUGGAAAACUUGUGAAGAUGUGGACGAGUGUUUAGUUCCUGAACUACAACAUCAUGCCUGUAAAUAUGGAUGUAUUAACACACCUGGUUCCUAUUAUUGCAUCAAUCCAGUCGAGUAUCAGCCUAAUCGAUCACCAGAAAAUAAAUGCCCUCCGGGUUUCAAAGAAACAUCAAAAUCAACUUGUGUUGAUAUUAACGAGUGCGAAGAAAACAAUGGAGAAUGUAGUGAAGUAUGUGAAAAUACAAACGGUAGUUAUUUCUGUACUUGUAAUGGAGAUGAACAAAUUUUAGCGCUUGAUGGCAAAUCUUGUACAGAUAUAAAUGCUAUUUCAUGUUUACCUUUAAAGCCAGUAAAGAAAGGAUCAUUAGUAUGUUCUCGUCCAAAUGCUCAUCCUGUGUGGUCAGUGCUUAGAACCAUCAAUCGUCCUGGUUCUAAAUGUUAUUUGAAGUGUCCACAAGGUUACCAACUCCUUGGAGGGUAUGAGAUAACAUGUCAACAGAAUGGAAAUUGGGAAGGAAUUAAAAAUGGAGAGUGUAUUAAAUCUAAUGAGCCUCGCAUUAACUGUCCAAAAGAUAUAAUUGCUGAAGUACCACCAGCAAAUAAUGAAGCCUUUGUUAGAUUUGAUCAACCUUCAACGGACAUUGAUUGGUUUCGAUAUGUUCGAUCGAAUCCUUCUUGGGGAAUGAGAUUAGAAGCAAGCCUAAAGCCUGGUUACCAUGUUCUCACUUUUUUUGUGAAACAUUCCACUUCAAAAAUACAGUCAAGCUGUAAUUUACACAUAACAGUUAAAGAUGGUGAGCCUCCAAAAGCUCUGAACUGUCCGGAAGACAUUGUUAAAAAUAACAGGACAUUAAUCAUUUGGAUUGAGCCAAUUUUUACGGAUAAUGUAAGAGUCACGCGCGUUACCAGUAACGAGCGUCCAGGUCGUUUCUUCAACGUUGGAGAAUGGAAAAUCAUCUAUGAAGCUAGCGAUGAUGCUGGCUGGACGUCAAAUUGUACAUUUAGUGUUAUAAUACAAUAAAAUUAAAACAAUAUGAAAUAACAAAAUUGAAUAAAUUGAAAAUUAUUUUCAUCAUUGAUUGAUAGAUCAAAUAUUGAAAAUUUUUAUCAAAAUUAAGAAAAAUCAUAAUGAUUUUUGUGGAAUCAGUGAUAAUUGAUAACUUUAUCAGAGUAAUUAACUCUGACAUUGUCA